AUCACGCUUUAUAAUUGGUUGUGUCAUUAACACUUGUCUUUCAUCAAUUUUGCCCUUAUGAACUCAUCGUUUUAUUAUACUGCCAAUUUCGGAUUUUUUGUGAAGAAAGGUUCAACAAGCGUUGCGUUUCUUGUUUUCAAGUGUUGAAAAAGAAGUCAUUGUAAUAAUUAUAGACACGCGACAUCGUUUACAAAUAAAUACUGAGUUCUUGGCAGGCAGAUAUAAAAUGAAGCUGUGUUCAAUAACAUCGCUGCUUUUGUUGUUUCAUCUUGUGUUGAUCGAAGGUCGUAGCCGUAGAAAGAAGCUUCAUUUACCAUACGACAUUUUGUCUAAAGAUGCGAAAGGUUGGGAAGCUAUUGGUAAGUCGUUAAACGUCUUAAAAUUAUCCAGAGUCUUCCCAACUGAUCGUAAUAUCUUGAAACGUAUUGCUUUGGUGGAAUCGUCGAUGAACAAAACGUCAAACAGAGGAGGAAUAUGGAACGUUCGUACCUGUGCGUUUUACGGAGUAACGCAAAACCGCGCAAAAUAUGGCAAACGAUUAAAAAAGAUACAAAAAAUAAUUGGAAGAAAAUUUGGCAUAAAAUGGAAUCGUUUGACUUACGAUCAACUUGAACGUCCCAUAUUCUCAUUGCUUGCGGCAAGAUUAUAUUUGUAUAUGAUCUUUCCUGAUGGGCUACCUCGAGGUGCUUCUACACAAAGUAAAAUAUGGAGCGAUUAUUACCAUAAUUGUGGAGUGUCAAAGAAGACAAACAGAAAACAUUUAAUAAAGCUAUUUAAGAAAGUUGUUCGUGGAUCGUGUCACAGCAGUUAUAAAAAAUGUGAUCAUCACUGUGUUGAGAUUUCUAUUGGUUAUGGAGAAUGUCAAUGUAAACCGAAAUUCAUGUUAGACUCCGAUGGAAGAUCUUGCAAAGCAAUAAUUUAUCGCAAUCCGUGUACCCUAAAUAAUGGUAAAGUUUGUGAACAUUCUUGUCUUAAAAUCAAAAACACUGUCAUUUGUACCUGUCCUGAUGGUCAUUACUUACACAAUAACAGAUAUAAAUGUUUAGAUAUAAAUGAAUGUUUGUUGGCUCCUUGUCAACAUGAAUGCCACAACACUCCAGGUUCCUACCAUUGUGCAUGCUUUCCUGGUUAUUCUUUGGAUUAUAAUCAAAAACGUACUAUCUUCAAUUUCCGAAGAUCUGAUCGUAGCAGUGGCUGUAUCGCUUCCAACGAUCCUAGUUGUAUCAUUCGUUGUAUGAGACAAAAUAACAUGUUAGAUGAAUGUGUCUGCCCCCCAGGAAUGGCUUUGCAUCAUGACAAUGAAACAUGUGUCGAAAGCAAUGGUUGUUUAACAUCCGACGGUUUUUGUCAUCACAGUUGUGUAAGGACUGCUUCUGGUUUCUCUUGUGCUUGCAAACCUGGUUUUAUGUUAGAUACAAACUCUGUCACGUGCACUGAUAUCGAUGAAUGUUCAAUUGGCGAACACAGUUGUGAAAAAGGAUGUCUUAAUGUUCCAGGAGGAUAUCACUGUUUAUGUCCGUUAGGAUUUAAGUUAAACAAAGAUGGCUAUUCAUGUUCAGAUAUCAAUGAAUGCCUAAUGAGAUCAGAUCUUUGCAAAUCACCUGCUAAAUGUGAAAAUUUAAAGGAGAUUACAGAUGUAACUGUCCAACUGGAUUCAAACUCAAUGCAACCAAACAUUGUGUUGAUGUUGACGAAUGUCUGGUUAAGAAUGGCGGAUGUGAACAUUCAUGUCAUAACGUUCCUGGGAGUCGUCAAUGUAGAUGUAAAGCAGGUUAUCGACUUAGCGCUGACAAAAACACUUGUGAAGGUUUAUAUUGAUGAAUGCAAUAACUUUCCAACAAUUUGCAGUCAUAUCUGCAUAAACACACCCGGCAGUUAUAAAUGCUCUUGUCCUCCCGGUACAACAAGUAUCGAAAACGGUGGAUUGUGUUUGUAGAGCUGUUUAAAUCUAAAAUUUUACGACAGACAGAUGUUUGCCUUGUGCAAAAACUGAAACAGUCGUAGCUGCUUUAAUGUGUCUUUCUUAAAUUUUUCAUAGAUUAGGAGAGUGAAAAAAUAUAUGUAACAAUUUGCAGUUUUUUGACAAACCAUUAGCUAUAUGAAAAUACAGUAGAGGGAAAACCUUUUUUGAGCAAUGAAUUGGACAAUAACACGGGUGUUUACUAUAAGCAAUAAAUAAACUCAUGAACUGUGAAAAAAAAUUAAUUAUUUUUAUAAGGGUGCAAAAAUAAGACUUUAUAAUAAAUUAAAUACUUACAAUGUCAUGUGUAGUGAUUGAACAAUGAAAAUAAAAAAUUAAAGUAAAGCGAGGAAAA